AUGAAAAUUCUUUUUGUGCUGCUGCUGUGCGUUGUCACAGCGCUCGCAGCUACUCAUGUUAAUAUUUCGAUUGCUCAACAACCGGCCACAAAUCCUGCCGAUGUCACUUAUUUGGAGGGCACCGCACCUGAGGAGCUGAAAGCGGGCCCAGCGAAGAAAACGAACGUUGAUGAACGUAUUGCCAGGUUGCGCGUGGCUGAGGAAAGUGAUAAUAAUGGAAAUGUUCAGAUGAGUAGCGAACAAAAACAAGAAGUUUCGAGUUUCGAUAAUAAUUCGAAACCAGCUCAGCAGAUUCAACAGAACGCGGAGCCAUCAAAGCAGCAACAGCGGUUUUAUGGACGUAUACGGCAGUCGAAUCGCCAGAGUCAAUUUCGGCAAGCGAAUGCUCAGGAAAAACAGAACCAGGAGUUCGAGCGUUAUAUACAAAACUAUCAUAGUGGCCCGACUGUAGAAACGGUAUUUGAGACUGCCGAUCAUUCCCCUUCGGCGCGUUAUGAGUACUCUUCUUCGUCAUCAUCUUCCUCUAGCCCCGCGCGUAUUAUUGCUGCCGGUGCGCAACCUGAACAACAACAACAUACCUUCGAAAGACAAGUUGCUCUUCCCGCUGCUGUAACCUCAUCAUCGUCAGCGCCAGUGGAGGAGCACUCGAAGUCGGCUCCAGAUGCCAAGAUUCAAAUAUCACCUGCUACAGUUGCGGCACCAGCUGCAGUACCAACCCCCGUUGCAGUGCAUGCUUCGUCACCAGCUGUUUCGCAUCCUUCUUCAUCCGUUGUGCCAUCUCUCUCCUCAAAAACUGAUACUGCUGUAAUUAGCGGUGGAAGUGAUGGUGGUAAAUUAGGUGUUGGUGGUUCGUUUGGUGCUAGUUUUGCGGGUGCUGGCUCUGGUGGUCAUGGCGUGACCUAUAGAGUAGCUGGAGGUGGCAGUUAUGAUCAACCAAAUUUCGAUAUUGGAACGAGCUACAGCAAACCGGAUUAUGACCAGCCAAGCUAUAAUUAUGGUCAUGCAGAUGCAGGCGGUUUUCUUAAUCAAUAUCCGCCAUCUGUAGACGAGCCCGCAGGUGGUUAUGAUGGUUUCUAUGGUAGCCAAGAACACGAGUACCACCCGAAUGGUGGCUAUUUACCUUCUCCACCUAUUUAUCAACGCCCAAUGGUUACAAAAACUAUACAAAUCGCUCAACCCGCGCUUAAAGCAAAAAAAUUUGAGGUUCGUCAUCCGGCUAUACAAAAGGAAUUCUAUGACAUCGAAGAACGUGUUGUGAUUAAGCCUGCUGGAACCAUAGUUGUGGAGUUGGAACAUCCAGUUGCAAAAAUACCAAGGGGCGAAACCGUGCUUCCCCUUGGCCACCCUCAUCCCGCAAUUGCUGCGCAAUAUAAUUUAAAUAGUGAUGCAGAUAUUGAGACUGAAUCAUCCAGUGCAGGUUCUUAUAACAACGGUGUACGAUCAAGCUCCAAUCAAGUAUAUGCAUCUCCUUCUAGAAAACAAUCUGCACCAGUUGUUGGCAGUACGCACAUUGGUUCUACUGUUACUUCUACUCCAACAAAUAACCAAAACGCCAAGCGAGAUUUUGUGGAAGCUAACCUGCGGAAACAGUAUGGAGAGGAAGCACAACAUCUAGCCACAACUGACAAUGCGCUACGUGAACAAAAGCCACGCGCUAAAGAUCUCUACAUUCCCGCUGAUACUCACGGAAAUCAACGUCAAACACCUAAUAGGAGUUUCUCUCCCAACUCGUUUAGACGUGAAGAGAGUAUUUAUCAGCGCCCAGCUCGUGUUGAAGUAAAGAACAAGGAUGAGACAUAUCGAUCCGCGUUUUCGAAGAACGAAGAACAGUCUUUAAAUAAUAAUGCACCUGAAUUUGACGACGAUGACUAUAAAGGUGAAUAUAUAACUGGCAACUUUUAUAGCUCAGUUAACAAAGAUUUAAAACCCGCACGUUUGCAAGAGGAGCCGAGGAAGAGUGAGCGUAUUACUGCUGAGCCGCGCAUGCAAAUCAUAAAACACGAGCACACCAUUAACAUCCCACCAUCUCAACACAAUAUUUAUCUGGCACCUAGUCGUUUUCAAGAGCGCCCACUACUCGUACAGGAGCAACGCAAACAAGCACCGUCACCAAAGCAACAGCCAGUCCGCUUAGAAGAGGAGACUGCUCAGGUACGUGAGGUCAAACCAUUCUUGGAUCAACAACGUGACGGCGUAGUGGUAUACGCGGUACCUGUGAGACGACCAGUGGCGACACAACAGCGUUAUAUACAAAAUGAACGUCGGCAGCCUCAAUCAGUUUCACAGCAACGCUCUUACAGUCAAUUACGCUAUGACCCCGAUGCCGAUGUGGAUGCAUCAGUGGAGUAUAGUGCACCUUACUCACAUAUGCGCUUUGAUCCUAAAGAAUCUGCACGGCUUACCGCAGAUGUAGAAUUUAAUCAAAAAACAAAAGGGAAUGUACCGGAAAGAACUGUCACAAUACACUAUAAUCGUGGUCCUGAGUCAAAUGCCCGUCUAGUUGCACAAAAUAAAUCAGAGUCUGAUGAAAAGGAGUCCCCAAAAGUAGUAGCACUCAAAGAAGAUGUUAGAUCGGAACUGCGACCACUGGCACAUAUUCAAUUACGAGUUCCAAAUGGACCACAAGAAGCUGACGAACCAAUCAGAGUUAUGUCUUCAAUCCAUCCUCCUAGGGAACAGAGCCGCACAACAUAUUCUCGACAAACAGCAGCAAAACAAACCGUUGACGAUCAAGUAGAACAAGUAAAUGCCGAACCCGCGGCCAUCCAAAGUGAUAAUCAGGAACAAGAUGUGUUACGCUCAGAGAAUGUCGUAAUACAACCGGACUGCGUUCAAGCCACAGAAAAAGUGAGUGCUCGUUAUGAAAGCAAUCCACAAAAUGAGGACAACUCACAGUAUGCUGAAGAACAACGUGACAGAGAACCAGUUAAAUCUCUCCGCUUAAUAGACACUAGCAAUUCAAAUGCAAAUGGCCAGGAAAACGUCAAACCAGAAAGUUCUAAUAUUCAAGCGGAGAACGUUGAUACAAAUGUUAAAGAAGCAACACAGCCAGGUUCACGUGUUAUUGCCGCUAACCCAGCGCCCAACGAUGCCUCCGCUACCAGUGAGACAUUCCACAAACGCCGCAUUGUUGUCAACCAUCCUUUUCAGACGGUACGCGAAGUAGUUGAGCACGAACCCAUCACAAAUUAUCAUCAAAUACAAGUUCAUGAGCCGGCGUCACCAGCGUCGGCGUACAACAAGGCGCCCUACUUUGCUCCUAACGGUGCUUUGCGUGUGCCAGUUAUGUAUCAUCAUGCAUCCGGAGCAUCGCACGGCAAUCUAGUUUACGCCUUGCCCGAUGCAAUUCCUGUGCACGAAGACACAGCCGAAGUGGAACCGACGUAUCAGCAAAAGCGUCAACGUGCGCGAGCUUAAGAGAGAAGAAACAAUAAUGUGGCUAAUUGUUGUUGUUAUUGUAGCGUUUGUUGUUGCCAUUAAUUAAGGAUAUUAAGGGUAUUACAUUUAGGAGCAUAAACACACGUAAUAUUAAUUUUUUACAAUACUUUAGAAAUAAGAUGCAAUUUUAACCGAUUCCACUAAGGUUGAUGGGGUAAACUACACUAAUGAUUUCCAGACAGCGUGUAUGCGCUUUCCUCAUUUAAGUACAUGAACUUCAUGUUUAAGUUGACGAAUAAAAUGCUUAAUGCUCAAACGAUUGUUUAAAAA